GAAGAGGAGGAGCCAGAGCCCGUGGACCCCGCACUGCUCACUCCCGCGCGGCGCCGGCCCCGCAGUCUCCUCCUGGUCCCGCGCUGCGGCCCGCCGUGGACUUCUCCGGUGCAGACAUGGCCUCGGGUUCCGCCUGCAUAGCGGUGAAGAUUGGAAUAAUUGGUGGAACAGGCUUGGAUGAUCCCGAAAUUUUAGAAGGAAGAACUGAAAAAUAUGUGGAGACUCCAUUUGGCAAGCCAUCUGACGCCUUAAUUUUGGGGAAGAUAAAGAAUGUUGACUGCGUACUUCUUGCAAGACACGGCAGACAACACACCAUCAUGCCUUCAAAAGUCAACUACCAGGCAAACAUCUGGGCCUUGAAGGAAGAGGGCUGUACACAUGUCAUCGUGACCACAGCUUGCGGGUCCUUGAGAGAGGAGAUCCAGCCUGGUGACAUGGUCAUCAUCGAUCAAUUCAUUGACAGGACAUCCUUAAGGCCUCAGACCUUCUAUGAUGGAAGUCAUUGCAGUGCCAGAGGAGUGUGCCACAUCCCAAUGGCUGAACCGUUUUGCCCCAAAACAAGAGAGGUCCUCAUAGAAACAGCUAAGAAGCUUGGACUUCGGUGUCAUUCUAAGGGGACGAUAGUCACAAUUGAGGGGCCUCGUUUCAGCUCCCGGGCAGAAAGCUUUAUAUUCCGUACUUGGGGCGCGGAUGUUGUCAAUAUGACCACUGUUCCAGAGGUGGUGCUUGCUAAGGAGGCUGGAAUUUGUUAUGCAAGCAUUGCCAUGGCAACCGAUUAUGAUUGUUGGAAGGAGCAUGAAGAAGCGGUGUCAGUGGAUGGGGUUUUAAAGACCAUGAAAGAAAAUGCCAAUAAAGCCAAAAGUUUACUCCUCACUGCUAUACCUCAAAUAGGGUCGAUGGAAUGGUCAGAAACGCUCCGAAACCUAAAGAACAUGGCCCAGUCUUCCGUUUUACCACCAAGACAUUAAAACGUCAUGGCUGACACAAGAAGACUUUCUACUUCUCGUCUUUGGGGGAUUUUGGUUAAACAAAAAUGGGAAAGAUCCAAAAGCCUUCAUGCCUUUGCCUGGAAAGAGAGACACCGUUAGAGAGUCAACCAAGAUCCCGACUUCUCCAGGACCCGGAAGGAAAGCAGACAGCGUGCUGAAAUGUAAGGGAACCAAGCCGGACAGCAUAUCCGUCUCAUUUCUCCCUAUUAAACUGACAGCAAGGAAGACGUGAGAACAUCCACUUCCCUACACUGCUAAGGAGAUGGGACCAUGUGAUUGUAAGCUGAUGCCAUGUUUUCUGCAUCUUUGUUCUAGGAGUUUCUCUUGAAGAAGUUAUGGGAGAUUCAUUCAAAGAAUCAUGUGUAAAGAAGGAUAUUACCUCUUAGUAAAAUAAUCAAAACUAUCUGAAAUAUCAAAAAAAAAAAAAAAAAAAAUAGGCGUGCCGUGUCUCUGUUACACACCUAGGCUAUGGAGCAGUCAAGUGGAAAUCAUGUUUUCUUACAAAGAAAUGAUCAAUCUUUUUCUCGACUUUUAUGUAUAAUCAAAUAAUAAAGUUGUAAAAGUUAAAAUGGACUUAGAGAACUCUGAGACUCUUUUGGUGGUGAAGCAAAGAUGACAAUAUUGUAAAUGCCCUGUGUGUGUGAGUCAAGAUAUAUAAGCCAAAUAACCCCUUUCCCCAAAUAAAGAGAUAAAGAAAUGUGCUGUGUGAAGAGCUUACAUCUUUGCUUAAGAAAGAUCCUGAGUCACCACACAGCUACUACUAUUGUAACUGAGAAAGCCAAGGCCGGAGUUUAACGCUAAAAUGUAUAAAAUGUUAAGACUGCUUCAUGGAUUAAGCCACUGUGACUCAUUACAGUGUAUCGGGCGUUUUUUAGUUACUAUUUGUUUCUACUCCUUCUUUAAGAGUUGACACAUAAUCAGUUGGCACUGUUUUCUUUUGUUUAAAAAAAGAAAGCAGGAGCCUAACUUUUGUGUUUUCAAAUUACUGUGGUUACAGAUGAUGCCCUCCAGCACUUGUAGAGGGUCUGUAAAGUGAAUUCUCUUGUGUCUGACAUUGACCUCAAGAUAAUAACUUGUUGAUUGUAAGCAAUAAAUGAACUCUGCUCCUGCAUUAAUGUUGAGGCCCUGGAUAACUGCAGUUGUAACUUCCGGCCAGUGUUGUUGCAAUGCCUCCAGCUCUGGCUGUUAGCACUCCAUGGAGACUCCCUCGUGAGUCCUGACCAGGGCUUUUGGUUGGUUUUACUUACUGCAGUGUAAACAGUUCUUUCCCCUUAGUCACCGUGGAGCAGGCGUCUGUCUUAUUGCCUUUAGAAAAUGCUGCUCUCUUCAACAUGGAGAAUGGUUUUCUUCAGUGGCCUUUCGAGCAUUGUCAUGUGCGGACUUCUUUUUCCUUAAUCCUUCAUUAUGAUGGUGAAAUAUGCAUAUAGUAACUAAGUCUGGUUCAACAUGAUGCUGUCCUUUUCAUCCACUAUCCUACAGGUGUCAUAAUUCCACUCUUUUCUGACAAAAUGAAAUCUCAUCAUGAAUCCUUUCCAUAUCCGUCAUCCAUUAUUUGUUGAUGCUCCUGUGGGCUGUUCCUUCCGUAACGUAGCUGUUCCCAGUAGUGCUUUAAUAAACAUGGGUGUGCAGACUUCUCAGAUGGCCAGGUUAUACUUCUGCGUUUGUGUUGGGUCUUGGCUAUUGCUGUUUAUAUAGAAACUCCUCUUUGACAACCACUAUCUAAGCCAUUUGCCUGGUUGGUCUUUAGACAAUUUGUCUGGUUGGUCUUUAGACAGAUUCCAGACCUCAGACCUAGUCAAGGGCAUCACUUGGUCCACUGUACUUUUUUUUUUUUUUUUACAACUUUUUAUUGGUUCUAAUUGGUUGAAUUUCUCAUCAUUCACACCAAUCCAUUCAUCUUCCCUCCCCUCAUACCCACCCUCCACCCUUGCCACCUCCCCAGCCAAUAGAACUGUAGUGAGUGUCCCACAGUGUGUCCCAUAGUAUACUCUUUUGUCCACAUUUCUUGGCUUGCAAAUGUUCAUUGCAUUGAGUUCUUGGUCUAGCACUGGCCUCUGGCUUCUGCUACACUAGCAAUACUGGAACUUCACUGGGACUCAUUUCAUAUAUCUUGUUGUUGUCCUGUGCAGUGGAGAUCCUGUAGUGUUCAAUCUGUAGGACCAGCUCCGUCACUCACUACAGCAGUUCAUCUGUGGGGUACGUGUUGGGGUAUGCCAAUUCAAAGCCUUGGAUCUGGGCCUGAGUUAUCUGAGCUGGUCAGCCCACCAGCCCUCCUGCACCCACACUACCAGGACAAGCUCCUCCCCCUUGCCAGCUAGCCCAUCCAAUGCUGCAGCCAGCAAGGAGCAGAUCCAGCUCUUUCAUUCAUGCCCUCAGGGCUGCUUGUCCACACCCAUGACAUCAGGGCCAGCAGCUCUACUGUGCCACUCAGGCCAGGUGCAUUCUCUCCUGAGUUCUGCAGCAGGUAAGAGGCUGGGCUGGCUCUCCUGCUCUCUCAACUGUAGGGCCAGCUCGAGGUUCAGGGCCCAUUCUACUUUCUCAGCUCCAGAGCCAGCAGGGGAGGAGAGCAUCUCUCCUUCAUCUGUGACAAUGCACAGCAGACAAGACAGGCUCUGUUCUCCCAUGCUCAGGCCCUUGAGGACAGCUCAUCUACAACCUCCACAACCAGGGCCAGUUCUAUUAUAUUGCCCAGGUGAGAUGCAGGGCCAGCUCUCCUGUCUGCCCUAGGUGACAAGGGGCAAGUGAUAGGGAGGGGUCAUCUCUUUCUUACCUGUGUCAUGAAGUUGCAGGGCCAGCUCUUCCACACUCGUGGUCUUGGGACCAGCUCAUCAGUGACCUAUCCACCCACCCGGUAUCAGCUUUACUACCCAGGAAAGGUGCAGGGCCUGCUCUCUUGAGUACUGCAGCUGGCUAAGGAUAGGGUCAGUUUUCCCAUGAUGCCCAGGUGGUGCCAUUUCUAUACAACUCUCAGACAUCAACAUGUCCCCAGGUGGCAGUCCAGACCAGAGACAUCCACCUGCAUAACCGACCUCUUACAUAAAGUUGUACCUCAUUACCCUCAUGUCUCCAGUUCUGCAUCUCUUUCAUUGUGCCCACAUUCUUCUCUUUCUCUUCCAUUUCUCCACCACUUACUCUCUCCUCUUAGUGGCACCCAAGGUCUCUGAGGUACCUGGCAGGGGUCAUCUCAGGCAAGGUCUGCACUGACAGGCCUACGUGGUGCUGGACUGGCUCAUCACAGGCUAGCUCCCUAUCUGAGUCGUCUUGGGCUGUCUCUCUCUAGCCUGGGGCCCAUGGUCCCAGGUGGGAUUCUUCUAGUCUCUAGCUUGCUCCCCACCCUGGGAGCCUGUCAGAGCCUGCACCAUGCUAGACUAGUGGUCAUCUCAGGCUAGCUCUCUGUCCGGGGGGCCUCUUGGCACUGGAUUGGUAGUGGACUCAGGCUUGCAUUUUUCAGGGUAUGUUAGGUUACUAAUCAUUCAAAUGUUCACAAGUCAGAACACUGAGCAUAGACCUCUCCUCUCUGCCACUUACUGACUCAUGCACACAGCAGCCACAUUUGCAAUGCCUCUAGGGGCAGGCCCAUUGUACUUCUGUUUUAACUAUUUUACUAUUUAUUAGGUUAUGUCAGCACACAAAUGUGCUUCACUUCUCUGUUUCAAGAUGUGUAUGUGUGGUGCUGCAUAUCAAGCCUUGUGCAUGCCUGGCUAACACUGUACCAUGGAGCCGUACUUCUUGGCCUCCAUUACAGUUCUUUGUUGUCUAAUUUCUUUGGCUUGCUUUGGAAUAAAAUCCUUUCUUAGUUUUUUUGUUUGUUUUUGUUUUUGUUUUGCCUUAGUGUGUACACAAUACCCUUUGUUGCUGUGAUAAAAUAACUUGACAAAAGCAACUUAAGGAAGUAUGGGUUUAUUUUGCUUCACAGUGCAAGAGUGCAGCCCAGGGCUUGAGGCAGCUGCCCACAUUGCAUCUACAAUGAAGAAGUGGAAAAUGAUAAAUGCUUGUGCUCAGCUCACGUUAUCAUUUUUAUAUAGUCUGGGAUUCCAGCAUAGGGAAUGGUGCCGCCCAUACUAGGUCUACUCAAGUUGGGUGUUCCCACUUUAGAAAACCUAAUCAACAUAAUCCUCAUCAGGCAUGCCCAGAGUUCAUCUCCUGGGUUACUCUAGAUCUCAUCUAGAGUUGACAACUCUCAUUAAGCAUAACAUUCUCCAUUCUCUUGCUCUGUUCCAAAUCAAAUUUUGGCACCUCCAGUACCACCUUCUUUCCCUUGGUCUAAUCCACUCACUAUCCGACAGCCCAUUCUCUGUACUUCCCAAGCACUUUAUUCUAUUGUUACACUGUUAUAAUUGCCUAUUUCAUUAUACAUUGGCAUGUGGUUCUGUUUAGUGUCCCCAGAUUCUUUACACAGUAACUAACACAGAAGAAGUACUGUUUGCCCUUCUUAAAUAAGUCUGCAAGUCUAUGAAAUUUUGGCCUAUUCGUAUUUCAACCAUCUUUCCAUUUUCAGCUGGAAUCACUGGUUCCAUAAAACCUUGUUAGGCAAGCCCAAAGUAAAUAGUCCACCUUAGGUAUUUUCAGGCCACCUAGAGUCUGUUACCCAUUUGUUAUAAUGGACAACAUAAAGCUAUGUACAUAGUUUGUCGCCCAACUAGAUAGUUAAAAUAAUGGAAAAUCUAGAAAAAAAAAUGGCUUAUGUGUUAAUUGUUCAAUAAAAAUCCAAUGAGUUA